GGGACACGGGUCCGGACCCUUUGUCUGAGCGGCCGGCGGGGUGUCGCGGCGGCCCCAAGCGAGGCGCGGCCAGGCGGUGCCGGGAGCCUCCACCCCCGGCCCACCCUGCCCGGGCUCAUCAUGUGACGCGGGAAACACCAAUUUAUUAAGAAAUGGCCCCGUACUAUCUGGCAGUGAUGUGCAAGGCUCCUGAAUGAAACUCAUGAGCAUCUCAACACAAAAUUUUGGACUUUGUCAUGAUUGAAGUGGAUCUAGGGACAAAUGGAUGACUGAAUAUUCAUAUGAAGAGGAAAGCCAUAAAAGACAUCAGCGCCUUUGAGAACAGAAUGUUAAUGCUUGAUGGGAUGCCGGCAGUCAGAGUCAAAACAGAGCUGCUGGAAUCCGAGCAAGGGCAGUCUCCAAACGUCCACAAAUACCCAGAUAUGGAUGCUGUACCCUUGUUACUAAACAACAUGAAGGCCGACCCUACGGAGGAUUCAUUAUCUACAGACCAUUUCCAAACACAGACUGAACCAGUGGACUUGUCAAUAAACAAAGCCAGGUCAUCCCCUACAGCAGCCUCAUCUUCACCGGUUUCCAUGACAGCAUCAGCCUCCUCCCCUUCUUCUACAUCUACUUCGUCUUCUUCUAGUCGGCCAGCUUCAUCCCCCACGGUAAUAACAUCAGUCUCCUCAGCAGCAUCUGUACCGUCAGUAUUAACUCCAGGUCCUCUUGUGGCCUCUGCAUCUGGUGUUGGAGGCCAGCAGUUUUUGCACAUUAUCCAUCCAGUACCACCUUCAAGUCCCAUGAACUUACAGUCCAACAAAAUGAGUCACGUGCACCGUAUCCCCGUGGUGGUACAGUCGGUACCUGUUGUCUAUACAGCUGUGAGAUCACCUGGGAAUAUGAACAACACUAUAGUAGUACCACUGUUGGAGGAUGGGAGAAGCCACGUCAAAGCACAAAUGGACCCCCGAGGCCUAUCUCCCAGACAAAUUAAAAGUGACAGUGAUGAUGACGACCUGCCAAAUGUGACCUUAGAUAGCGUUAAUGAAACUGGAUCUACAGCGCUCUCCAUAGCCAGAGCAGUACAAGAAGAGAGCAUGUGGGGCUGUGCCAGGUCAGCUGUUAACCCUUUUCGUUUUUUCAACUCCAGUUCAAUUUCACCGUUCAGUAUUGAGAGCACAAGGCGUCAGAGGAGGUCUGAGUCUCCAGACUCCAGGAAGCGGCGCAUCCAUCGGUGUGACUUUGAGGGGUGCAACAAAGUAUACACAAAAAGCUCCCACCUGAAGGCUCACCGGAGAACGCACACGGGAGAAAAACCCUACAAAUGUACCUGGGAAGGCUGCACCUGGAAGUUUGCUCGAUCCGAUGAACUGACGAGGCAUUACCGCAAGCACACGGGAGUGAAGCCAUUCAAGUGUGCAGACUGUGACCGCAGCUUCUCCCGCUCGGAUCACUUGGCGCUCCACCGCCGCAGGCACAUGCUGGUUUGAGAAACGCUACCUGUUCCAGCCGAGUUUAAGAGCUGGGUCUCUUAACCACCCACAGUGAAUUCAGCAGGGCUGAAUCCCCCUCUACAGUGUUAACAGGCAGGGCUUUCCCUGAUGUCUGUAACAAAAAGUAAUAACAGAAAUUUUAAAAAAGCAGGAAAAGAAGUGCCACUCUUCUCCUCGCCAUCUGAAGUUAACCCUGUCUGCCCCUCAGCAUGGCUAAUCCCUGAAAGUGUCAUCACAAUCACCUGGGAAAUAGCAGCCGAGAUCCUACAGGAAUGGGCAUUAUUUUACAUGCUGCAUCCUUUGACAAAAAAUGUUUAUAGCUUGUAUGUUUUCUCAGCUGCCAGACAUUUUGUUCCUGAAAAAUCACUGCUGACUGGAGGAUAGAUACCACGAACUGAUGAUGAUGAUGACAACGACGAUGGUGAUAAUAAUGAUGAUGAUAAGAGCAAGACCGCUAGAUCUGUAUUAUGCCAUCUUUUCCCCUUGUUUUCAAUACCAUCUGGCCAGUGUCAGCCCUGCACCGGAGCUGUGCUACAGACAAAGCUGCAUGUGAGUAGGCAAGAAGAUUCUGCUGGAGAGGUCCCACUGCCAGAGCUGGAGGGUUGCUUGAUCAGACUUCUGCAAUAAUGAUGGUGGCAUUUUAAUAUCAUACCACAAUUUGUCAUUAUGCCCUAGAGGACACCAGGCAUUUAACUUUUUUCUUUUCUCUUUUUUUUUUUUUUCCUUCUUUUCUUGCGUUGUUGUUGUUGAAGUCUGUAAAAUAAGCAAAGGGCAGCAGCAUCCCUGCUGAAAUACCAUAUUAAGUAUCUGUAUCUUACCGUGGACUUAUUUAGAUCCAUUUUCUGAAUCGUAUAGAGAGAUCCCACCUGAAAACUACUACCCUAUUCUCAAUGUGCCGUUUUCUUUCAUGCAGGUAUCCUCUUCCCCACAACUAUUAUUUAAACCCAAGGAAACAGUCAGAUCUUGUACUUGCUGGUACCAAGGUUGGUGGUAUAUUCCAUUUGUGAAAUGGAAUUGAAUGUAUCAUCAAAACAAAACAGAGAAGAAACGGCUGCAUCUCUUGCAGAGAAAAAGCAAUAAUGAAUAAAGUGGCUCUUGAGACAAUAAUUUACUCCACACCAAGAGAGGUGGGGGGGGUAUGUGGAAACAGCAUGUAGGAUUUAAGCAUUUGAGUUACUCUUUUUGCUGUUUUCACUGACCUGCUAGGUGUCACAAUUAAGUACUUUUAUUUCCUUUAACAUAAUGCUUGUGUCUGGAAAGCAGGAAAGAUAAAGUUGUUCAGGAUGUAGUGGAUGAACUGUAAGUAGGACAGAGAAAUAUUUCUGCAGUGGUGCUCUGCAAGACAUUAGAUUUCUCCCUGGGAGUUAGGGAAUAACAAGUUUUUGCCAGCUGUCUAGUAUGAUAUAAAUGGCCCUCUAUAUGGGUACCAGUGGCUGCCUCUGCUGGGAUUUUCAAUCCAAGCCUUUUCAGAUUAAAUAAAAGGAAAUUCUUGAUCAUUCCCAUACAGCCCUAUAAUUGCAAACCAAUUUGUAUUAAUUGAAUUAUGUUGGAAAGGGAGAAACUCUUAGUCAUCAGUUAUUCAUGCAAACAGAACAGUGUUUUUCUGUUUUCUUUCCUCACAAGGAUCUGCCUAUUCAGCUAGAUUUGACAAAGGGGAGGCUUGGCACUAUUUUCUAAGUGUUGAGAUUUUCACAGCUUAGGGAUGAAAGAUGUAAACAUAAAGGUCUUUUGCAAUGCAUUUAAUUAUGAACAUUUUGUUCAAGAAUUGCACAGAUUAAAUUUGUGAUGCCAUUUGUUCAUUUUUAAAUGUUUGACCAUCUCAGUUAAUACCAGAUUCCUGAAGUAUAUGUAGUAAUGUUGGAGGGAUUCUGAAAUCAAGGUAAUCUUUAUGAAAAAACAACACAGAGUACUCAUACAGAUACAAAAGCAAUUAUAGUUAAUUGAGGAUUAAUCUGACUGGGAUAAUACUUUAUAAUAGCAUUCACAAGACCCCAGAGUUUGACUGUCUUUAAAUAUCCUUAAUAUUCCCCAAUAUGGAUAGUUUAACAGCUCUCUGAAAGAACUUAGUACUGAUAGAGCUCAGGCUUCCCACUGUUGAGUGGUCAGCAGAGAAACUCAACUCAAAUUAUUCACAGCUGUUGUGGGAAAAACACGUCUAUCAGUUCCCAUUGAACAUGUUGGUGAUCUACUUCCACCAAAUUUGACGACAUUCUAGAAUCCAUCUCCAAAUCAGGGACAGAGCAGAGCUUCUGAAUAGGCCAUGAGGCAUUGAAGGGCACCAGAAUUGUGUCUUUGCCAGCAGCAUUACUACUGUUGAUUUUAAAAGCUGGUUGUCAAAAUAUUGUGUGUGAGGUGCUUCAUGGAUUAUGUCUGAGGUUUGGUUUUUCAGUACUUCAGUAUCAUCCACUUAAAUGCAUCUGUCAGUGGUGGCAUUUAGGGAAAGAAGUAUGGUCAGGUAGAACUCGACUGAUAAAUUUUUUCUUCUGCCCAAGAAUAUUUUAUCAACUUAAUAUUUGAAUAGCAGUAAUUCAGUUGAAGAACCAGUGGCAUACAGAAUUCCUUUAGGGAUCUCUGAUUUUUUUUUUUUUUUUAAUUUUUUAAUUAUUAUUAUUUUAAUUUUAUUUUUUUUUUUUUUUAAAAAAUUAAGUUUGCUUGAGCAGAAAAUCUUACUGGGCAUUCUGUUUGCAUAGAGGAGGAUGUGAUGUUACUAUCAAAGGCAGGGUGUAACUGGGAUAGAUCAGUGUUCCUCUUUAGGCUUCCCCUGUAGUCAUGAAGACAGAGAAACUACAAGAGAAGUGGAGAGGCCCUAAAUUUUAGUGUUCAGCUUUGAAAUGCCCCGUGAAGGAGCAUAGGUAUGACAGACCCUGGAGAGGCUCAUCUCCCUAGGCCAAGGUUGGUCUGUGUGAAUCCUUGGUUUCUCAGUUGGUUGCCUGUUACUGUAUGCAUUGGAAUCACUGCAACAGAAAGAGGGUCUGCUUUUAUUCAAAGAACCUCAAAGUGGUAGAGGGUUAAAGCAGCCCUAAUGCUGAGGGACACAGGCACAGUGUGGCAAUGGUAGGAAAAUGAAGCCCAAAGGUAAAGGAGCGUGUGCUGCAUUUUGUUACUUCACAGGCAGGAGGUAGGUACAUCCUCAACCUUUUCAGCACCCGUGCAAGAGCUUCUCAUGUUGCCGUUACCUGUAGAUGACUUCCACAACCAGCAGUAGUCCAGCACUAGCUUUCAAGUACACAGUAUUGUUCAUUCAUACCAGCACCUGCAGGCUUUGAUCCCAAUUACUCCGUGGGGUUGUUUUGUGGUUUUUGUCCCCUUCAGAAGUAUUUUAAGAGAAGUCACAUGAUGGGAUGGGAGUGUUUGAAUGUGGAGCUGAUGCCCCCCAGAUCCUCAGUGUGUCUUUGCCCUUAUUGGCUGUGAUUCAGACCUGCCAAGUUUCUGUGCUCAUGCAGCAACCAUGGGCAAUAAUUGCUCCAGGAUAGUUUCCUUGAAAAUCCUGAUACCCCACCACAGAUCUGUGACGUUUCAUGGCUGUGGCGAAGGCUUGCAUCAUGUGUAGCAUGCAGAAAUAUCAGAUCUCAUCCUGACAUGAUCCAGUAGGUCCAUCUUAAUUGAGCAGUUGGAAUACACAAAUAUAGAGUGUCCCAUUCCUUCAGAAAGACAGAAAGUUUAGUCCACCAUACCGUGACAUUGCAUGUUACAGCUUGCAAGGGAAAUUAUGCCAUGAAGUGUCAGAUUUCAUAUAUUUUUCAAAAGUUCUAAAUGGAUUUGUAAGGAAACCUCAGAAGCCAGCAUUUUAGGAAAACAGCUUUGAUACAGAACUUUUAAAAAUUUUAAUUGUGUAAUUAUCUUUUGAGCACCCCUUAUAUUCAGCACUGUAAAAUUGGCUCAUUGCAACGGCAGUUUUUACUUGGGGAUGAAGAUGCAGUAUUCCUUAUUCUCUCUCAUGCUUACAUAAUUAAUUAAAUAGAUUUAGGCUGGCUUGUAUGUAUGAUUAUUUGCUGGAGUAAUGUUUAACAACAUUAACAGUGUUGAAAAUUACAUCAGUGAUGUUGAUGUUUGGGUAAACUUGCAGUGCAGAGCAUGGACAAAAAGCUGGACAGCCUUUCUCCCCUUUAAUAAUGAAAAUAACAGUGAUCGUAAGUCUCAUUUUCCAUUAGCCACAUUGAAAAUGUAUUCUAGUUGCCAUUUAUAAAUUUAUCUUCUGAUAAUAAAUGCUGUUUAAUGUAAAAAAAAAUCUCUUUCUCUUUUAUUGAAGGUUGGUACCUCAAGAUCAGAGUAAGUGUGACCAAUAAUAUCCCACUUACUUUUAAGUUUGAAUUUGGGUUUGGGAAGGUCCUUGCAUGAAACUGCUUCUUCCACAGCAGUCAAGUGUUAAGAUUGUUCAGUAAAUCCAUGCUACUCCCACAUGCUCAUCCUUACACUCAUGCAUAUGAACCCCAGCUCUUCCAAGUGUCUCUACCAAUAUGCAGGUAGUAAAUAAGUUUAUUUAAAAUUAAAAUUUAGGAAGAAAAAAAAAAAAAAAGGCAGAAAAGAAUUUUAAGUAAACACUGUAAUAGAAAGUACUACCUUAAGAAACCAGCUUUUGUUAUUGUGUUAUGCCUUUGCCUGUGAUACCUGACUGGAGAAUUGCACAAAGAAUUGCAUUUUCAGUUUUUCUGUAGCAUAGCAGUUGCUGUGUAAUGUAUGCUUAUGACAUUAUGAUUUAAAAUGCUUAAUUUCUCCACAAUAAAUCAGGUUUUGGCAUAAAAAUGUAGCUGUAAGGAUACUGCAUCUUUAGAAAUCAAAGUAACUUGAAGGUAUUUUACUAUACUUGUAACAGUUAAAAUAUUCUGUAAUACAUGUGAUAAUGGAAAAGUAUUUUCAAACUCACAGUUUUACAUGGGGUGUUAAACAGCGUAAAUGAAACACAUUUUUAAACAAUUCUUACCUUCAGUUUUCAUCAGGAAGACUGUUUGGAUAAUGCCUUGCAAAGCUUAAACACAAAACACAAGAAGUGUUCUGUUUUAUCAGAGCGUGUUUUCUCUGCAAAAUGGAGUGGCCACUUCUUUGCUGUUUUGCAGAUGUUGUGUGAUAUAGCAAAGUUAUACUGAGUCCUUCAGUGUCAAAUAAGUCUGCGCUCAAUGUCUUUGACUGAAUAAAGGAAAAAAAAAACACUUAAACAAAACGAAAACCAUAUGAAAGGUUUGGCGGUUUGUGAUUUCUUUUUUCCUUCUGGCAUUUUACAAUGAACUGCAGAUACAGGAAUGGCAAACACUCAUAUGAUUUUAUUUCUUCUUGUAUUUCCCCAACUACGGUGGAUCCUGAUUAAAGGUUGCAGAGCUGAAAUAGGCAGCUGCUUUUUGCUGAUUCCAGGGGAGUUUAGUCUUCUAGGUGCAGUAACAUGUCAAGAAUAUCCAUUGUAGCAGGACAGUUCUGACAUUUAAAAUACACAUACACUUCAGUGAGAGAGCCUGAAAUUUAUUUUAAAGGUGAAACAGAAACUGAAAGUGCCUGUAAUUAGAACUGAUGGGAUGUUCCUAUACUUUUACACAGCAAUAACUUAAUGGGAUUCUAUUAACAAUAAGGUGAAAAUGAAAUUUUACUUGGAGAACAAUAAUGCAACACAGAAACAAACACAAAGUGCCAUUUGUAUGUUCACAUGUUGAGAUACUGUGUUAGAGUUUUUAGUUAUUUUCUCAGAUAACAUCUGUCAUAUAUUUGUAAGAAGAAAAUAAAUCUUAGUUUACAAAUGACUCGUACCUGUACUGAUUCUCAGUAGGUGUGAUUGGAGGUUGUUGUCAAAGCAGUGUUUUAGGGGAUUUCUUCCCAAUUUAUGUUGGAUAUGCCCGCAUAUCCAAGGUAUUCUCUAGCGAAGUAAUCCAAAACCAGCAAUAAGCCCAGUGGAGCUUUCUUUAGGGAAUAUAAUAAAACAGGGAUUCUCUUGAAAAAUCAUCUGCAUUUAACUCUGGAAACACAAGAGUUCACCUUAUGUGUCCUUUCUCUUCAUCAUGUAAUGCUCAUAGUAUUUAAUAUCAUCUUGUUUGAUUUCAUAAGUGGACAAAAUAUAUCACUUAUCUUUCUUUUGGGGACAAAUGACUGAAAAAUUGGGGACUGUCAGUCUAGACGCUAUUUCAAUAGCAAACAAGAAGUCAAUAUUCCUAAAAUGAAGUAUGAAGAUUUUUAUAUUGAGUGGCCUAAACAUUUGCAUCAGUAGUCUAAUUGAUCUUACCAGAAAAUGGCCAGCUGUGACUCUUGCACUCUUACUUUUUCUCAGUUUUUUUGUAAAUAUUAACUACUGCUAAUGGACUCUUAAAAUAGCAGUGUAAUGCCAGCCCUCAUGCUUCUUCUAUUUUUAAAAAUUAAUUUAUUGGAAAUCAAAAUGUAACUGGUUGUCCUGAUGCCUUUGCCAAGGAAGAUUGCUUUCCGUUCUCUGAAUUUGUACCUGUCAUUUAUCCAGGCAAAAUUUUGUAUUUGAAAAAUUCUGCAUUUCAUCUAAACUUCUGCUGCCAUCAGUGGGUUGCUGCAAGAGUCUCACUGAGACUCAUACACAGACGAAAGUGCAGGUGCAAAAACACCCCCACACCCCCCAAGAAAGUGCUCGUGGACACUCGUGAAACAAUUAGAUAUUCAUGCACAAGUUAAUGACAUCACAAGGUUGCUCGUUCAGUAACAAAUUUAAACGUUAAUCACUGGCAGAAAUAAUGCCAUCAGAACAUGCAUAUACUCAUUCUGUUGUCCCAAACUUAUCUCCAGGUAUUAAGCACAUAAAAGAAUACAACUCAUGCUAGGGGUUUCAGGAGAGCACCAGGAAAUGUAUUGUCAGAAGGACAAAGGAAUCUAGUUUCUUACCCUGUACCUGAGCCCUUCUUGGAGAGGAGUGUUCAGUUCUUUGUUCUGGAGCAACACUACUAGGGAGGGGGCACCCUUAGAAAGCUGCCAUUUUGGAAGGUUUGGCUGAUUCCAGCCCUCCAUAUCUUAGUUCUUCAGUAGGGAAGGGCACCUUGUCUUCACCAUCCCAAAAUGAGACAGUUCUUUUCCCUUCAUUCUGAAGAGCAAACUCUGAGUAAGGUGGGGUUUGUUUUGGGGUUUGUUUGUUUGUUUGUUUGUUUGUUUGUUUUUGGGGUUUUUUUUGUUGUUGUUGGUUUGGUUUGGUUUGUU